ACAGAUCUUACUGAUACUUUGCUAUGAAAACAUCUACUUGAAUGUUUAAAUAGUGUAUAAUAACUGCUGGAGAUAACGUUUUUAAUUUCAUAAUGGAAAUUGUGAUAUACUAUAUUUUCUUUGCUCAAAUGUCUUUGCUUUAUAGCAUAUCUGUUUGGUAAACACAUUAGCGUCACAUUUCGGAAUAUAAAGUAUACAUAUAUUGAUGCGAUUUCCUCUCAGUGUCUAAAGUAGAAUGAUUUUUUCGUGUGAAGUUAGGGAGAAUGUUUAACGUAUUGAUUAGAAACUGAGUCAGAUAACUGUAGUAUUGGAUAAAAAAAUUACAAAUAAAUAAAUACGUGUUUAAAUUGUGUCAGCUUUUUAGCUGCUGUAGUAUUUUGGAAUGGAGAUGCAUACAGCUGGCAAGGGUUAUUCUGACCGUUUCUUUAGAACUUAUUUUAACAUUAUUCGUGUCGCUUUAAUAUAAAUUGUGUCUAUAUAUCGCUUUAGAAUAUAUGUGUGAAACAAAUAUGUGUAAGUAAAUAUGAUAAAGGUCUAUUAAAUUCACAAAAUUGGAUACUAUGUCUAAAGGUGCUGUUUGCUUUCAUCGCCUUGUUACAGUUCAAGUAACGGUGGAUAUUGUUAUUUGGUUUGCUGUUGCAGUGCCUGUGUUAUUCCUGUUUCUACAUGGCACACCGUAUGAGAGAGGGUUCUACUGUAAUGACGUCACCUUAAGCUUUCCUUACAGACCAGACACACUUUCCACAUCCUCGCUGCUAGUAGCCGGUGUCGUCAUAUCUGUUUUAGUGAUUUUGCUAACAGAGGUAUUAAACGGUAUAGACACCAAAUGUCCUCAGACAUUUCUUACAACCGAGGUAGUGGUACGCUGGAUAAAGAGCUACGCUAUAUUCCUGGCUGGUUUCAUUUUAGAAGAGGUGGUGGUAAAAGUGGUCAAAAACAGGAUGGGCAUUCUCAGACCGAAUUUCUUUGAUGUGUGCAAGCCGAAUUUCAAUACAUCAGUAUGUCCCGGUUAUAUUACGAACUAUACAUGUACAAAUGACGACUAUAAGGAGAUACGGAAUAGCCGACUAUCAUUUCCUUCCGGUCACGCUUCCUUGUCUAUGUAUAUAGCAAUUUACUUCUGCAUGUACAUUGAAGAUCGUCUGCAGAUAAAUUUCUCCCGCAUAUUAAAGCUGUUCCUGCAAGCUGCUCUUAUUUUUAUCGCCAUUCUUUGUGGUGUCGACCGCAUCAUAGACAAUAAGCAUCAUCCGUCAGAUGUCUAUUCAGGAUUUCUGUUAGGAGCUGUUAUUGCAAUUUGUGUGUAUAGUAAAGCCAAGAGGAGAGAGUUAAUAUCUAACAACGCUACUGAAAAACUACAAGUCAAUAAAAACUCUCGUGACUGUUGCACAUGUGGACAGACGCCAGACGUCGAACCACAGACCCCCAUGCCGCUCUUACAAAAUGAAGAUUUGGAUGGUUUCAAUUGCGAAUGCAGCACAGCAGUUAAAACACAGAUAUUAUUGGACACGCCUUUUAAAGCUCGACGUCAUUUCUCGACACCAAUAACACCUACAUACAGAUCUGAAGACGUAGUCUGACUUAUGUCAUAUAAAAUUAAUGACGUCAUAUAAACGUGCUGAUAUGUGAGAUGUAAAGCGACAAACAAGUGGAUGAUAUGAUACAAGGACCGCUGUUAGUACAUGUAUGCAUAAUUAGAUAAAAUACUGUUAUAAUUCCAUAAAACAGCGUGCAUAAUAUUAUGAAAUAAUACAAAGGUCUUAUAUUACUGUCUGUGCAAGACAGGGUUAUCCCUAACCCGAGAGGCAGCGUGGAAUGGAAAACCGAGCGCUAGCAGGGUUUUUCAUCUACGCUGUCCCGAGGGUUGGGAAAACAGCCGCCUUUCUCGGGCAGUCAUGUUAAACCAUUUUUCUUGCCAACUGUUGAUAUUAUUGCAAUACUGUCAUAGAUAUUAUUAAUUAAAAAUCACUUAUACACUAUGUCGUCAAUAUGAGCAUGUGUUGCUUAUUUGAUUUAACUAUAUUUUAUUGCUUUUAUAUACAUGCAAGUAGAAACAUAGAAUUACAACAAUACAAAAGCAAAUUGGUUGGGCAACAAGUUCUAUCAACAUUACAUUAAGCCCUUCCCACAAGGAAAAGAUAAGGUGAUCUCCUCCUCGGAUAACCUUGUCUUUUCAGGCGUGGUAGGCAAGAAUAAAUAUAUACUGUUAAAUUGCAAUAUAUAAGAAAAAUAUGUGUCAUACAAUGAUCAGAUAAUUGUGUUAGUGUCAUUUUGUGAAAAACGUUAUUGUUUCUCAUCACUGUGACUAAAACAGACCUGUAUACCAGAUUCCGGUAUAUACCGGAUUCGAGCGAUUGGACGGAAAGGUAUCUUUAAUGUAUAUAAUUGUUAACUAUGGUAAUCCUAACACUAACCUUUGGUCAGUAUGUUAUACAUAUUAUACAAUAAAUGCGUGCGGACAUGUA